GGAGAGGCGCUGACAGAGCCCAGAGGCAAAAGGAAGGGUACAGGCACUGCCGCUGAGAGGAGAUCGAGAGACAGGGGGUGCACAUGACAACCAGCAUGCAGAGAUGUCAGAAGAGGCAGAAGUGGAUGUGAGAGACAGACACACACAGAGACACAGAGAGCGAAAGAGGGCAAGAGACUUGACUUUAAGAGACUCCUGCACUGACAACUCCAUGCAGUUCGGAACAAGAACGGCAGCGACCGACUCUGGUUUCAUGGGGACAUGGCAGAACACUGACACUAACCUCUUAUUCAGAAUGUCCCAACAGGCUAUCCGCUGUACACUGGUAAAUUGCACAUGUGAAUGUUUUCAGCCAGGGAAGAUAAACCUGAGAACCUGUGAUCAGUGUAAACAUGGCUGGGUGGCACAUGCCUUGGACAAGCUUAGUACUCAGCACCUCUACCACCCAACCCAAGUGGAGAUUGUGCAGUCCAAUGUUGUGUUUGACAUCAGCAGCCUGAUGCUCUAUGGUACUCAGGCUGUGCCUGUGAGACUGAAGAUACUACUUGACCGACUCUUCAGUGUACUGAAGCAAGAGGAGGUGUUGCAUAUUCUACAUGGCUUAGGCUGGACACUGCGAGACUAUGUUCGAGGCUACAUCCUUCAGGAUGCUGCAGGCAAGGUGCUGGACCGCUGGGCCAUCAUGUCCAGGGAAGAAGAGAUCAUUACCCUUCAGCAGUUCCUGAGAUUUGGAGAAACCAAAUCCAUUGUGGAGCUGAUGGCAAUUCAAGAAAAAGAAGGGCAGGCUGUGGCUGUGCCAUCUUCAAAGACAGAUUCAGAUAUAAGGACUUUUAUUGAAAGCAAUAAUCGCACCAGGAGCCCAAGUCUCCUUGCUCACCUGGAGAAUAGCAACCCUUCCAGCAUUCAUCAUUUUGAAAACAUCCCAAAUAGUCUUGCAUUCCUGCUUCCAUUCCAGUACAUAAAUCCAGUCUCUGCUCCGCUACUGGGGCUGCCUCCAAAUGGCCUCCUGCUGGAACAGCCAGCAAUGAGGCUCCGUGAACCAAGCCUUACGACCCAAAAUGAAUAUAAUGAGAGCAGUGAAUCUGAAGUUUCCCCUACACCUUUCAAGAAUGAGCAAACAUCCAGCAGGAAUGCUUUGACCAGCAUCACAAAUGUUGAGCCCAAAACUGAGCCAGCCUGCGUCUCUCCUGUUCAGACACCUACACCUGUCAAUGAUUUAUCAAAACCAGAACACACUAAAAGCUCAUUUCGCAUUCACAGAAUGAGGAGAAUGGGGUCGGCCUCCAGGAAAGGAAGAGUGUUUUGCAAUGCAUGUGGCAAAACUUUCUAUGACAAAGGUACUCUUAAAAUCCACUACAAUGCUGUUCACCUGAAAAUCAAGCACCGGUGCACUAUUGAGGGCUGCAACAUGGUCUUCAGCUCUCUCAGAAGCCGCAAUCGCCACAGUGCUAACCCCAAUCCCCGCCUCCACAUGCCUAUGUUAAGGAAUAACCGCGACAAAGAUCUAAUUCGUGCUACAUCAGGUGCCGCCACUCCAGUCAUAGCAAGUACAAAAUCCAGCCUAACUUUAACAAGCCCUGGGCGUCCACCAAUGGGGUUUACCACUCCCCCUCUAGAUCCUGUACUACAGAACCCUCUUCCCAGUCAGCUGGUGUUCCCAGCUUUAAAGACUGUCCAACCUGUUCCUCCUUUUUACAGAAAUUUACUUACUCCUGGAGAGAUGGUGAGUCCUCCAACCUCACUCCCUACCAGUCCAAUAAUACCAGCAGUGAGUGGCAUGGAGCAGCAUCCCCCUCCUCCUUCAGAGUCAUCAGUACCUUCAGUGCUGAUGCCCACCCCAGAGCCUAAUGCUGACCUUGCCCCCAAGAAGAAGCCAAGGAAGUCGAGCAUGCCAGUUAAAAUUGAAAAGGAAGUUAUUGAUACUGCCGAUGAGUUUGAUGAUGAAGACGAAGAGGUGAAUGACAGCAGCACGAUGGUGAAUGACAUUGGUCAUGACAAUCACUGCCAUUCUCAGGAGGAAAUGAGCCCAGGACUGUCUGUGAAAGACUUUUCCAAAAGUGACAGAAGCAGAUGCAUUUCCAGACCAGACAUAAGAAGGGCAGACAGCAUGACAUCAGAAGACCAGGAGCACGAGAGAGACUAUGAAAAUGAGUCAGAGUCAUCAGAGCCCAAAUUGUGUGAGGAAUCCAUGGAAGGCGAUGAUCGCCUCCACGAAACUGGUGAAAAAUCUAUGAUGCACAGUGACAGACCAGAUGAAAACCACAAUGACUCUUCCAACCAGGAUGUCAUUAAGGUGAAGGAAGAGUAUACAGACCCUACAUAUGAUAUGUUCUACAUGAGCCAAUAUGGACUGUACAAUGGAGGCAGUGCCAGUAUGGCUGCCCUUCAUGAAAGUUUUGCUUCUACAUUCAACUACAGCAGCCCUCAGAAGUUCUCCCCAGAAGGUGAAAUGUGCUCCAGUCCAGACCCCAAGAUCUGCUAUGUGUGCAAGAAAAGUUUCAAGAGUUCCUACAGUGUGAAGCUUCACUACAGAAAUGUUCAUUUAAAAGAGAUGCAUGUCUGCACAGUGGCUGGCUGUAACGCUGCGUUCCCAUCACGGAGAAGCCGAGACAGACACAGUGCUAACAUAAACCUGCACCGUAAACUGUUGACCAAAGAACUGGAUGACAUGGGCCUGGACACCUCACAGCCUUCUCUUAGUAAGGACCUCCGUGAUGAAUUUUUGGUGAAGAUAUAUGGUGCUCAGCAUCAGAUGGGGCUCGACAUAAGGGAAGACACCUCCUCGCCUGCUGGUACUGAGGAUUCCCAUAUGAAUGGGUAUGGCAGGGGCAUGUCAGAAGACUAUAUGGUCCUAGACCUGAGCACCACCUCCAGCAUCCAGUCCAGCAGCAGUAUCCAUUCCUCAAGAGAAUCUGAUGCAGGAAGCGAUGAGGGCAUUCUCCUGGAUGACGUCGAUGGGGCAAGUGACAGCGGGGAAUCUGCCCACAAGGCAGAUGCCCCUGCCUUAGCUGUAGGUAUGGGCACCGAUGUCCCAGGAUCCCUCAUGUUCAACAGUGUUUCGGUGAGCAACGGUGGGAUAAUGUGUAACAUUUGCCACAAAAUGUACAGCAACAAGGGAACCCUCAGAGUGCACUAUAAAACAGUGCACUUGCGAGAAAUGCACAAAUGCAAAGUCCCUGGGUGCAACAUGAUGUUCUCCUCUGUCCGUAGCCGAAACCGGCACAGUCAGAACCCCAAUCUGCAUAAAAACAUUCCUUUCACUUCAGUAGAUUAGUUCAAGGAUGGACACAGCAUAAUGCCAGCUCUCAGAGAGGGCCCACCACAUCUGAACUGCCAUAUACAGUCUCUCUUUAUAUAUAUAUAUAUAUAAAAAAAAAAAAUAUACAUAUAUAAUCUUUUUCUUUUCUUUUUUAAUGAAAGAAACACCAGGUGCUUUUUCCCCUUUGUUGGUUGUUGGGGUUUUUUUUUUUCCUUUUUUUUGGGAUAGAAACAAAAAGGUGGGAUCUUUAAUUUGGGGGGAGAGACCCUUCAUAAAAAAGCAAACUAAAACAAACAACCAAACCCACAGAAAACUUGCAGUUGUCCCUAGUUCUGUUAGAAUGUUCUUGGUCAUCUCCAAAGAGACAAUUUGUUCUACCCAUGACUUUUGCCUGAAAAAAAAGAACAAAAAACAACAAAAAAAAUGCAAACAAACAAAAAGAAAAAAAACCAAUCUACUUAGUUGUCUUUGUGUCUUCUAAGCAUUGGGGAUAACGUUCUACUAAGCAUGGCUGUUAACACUUGUAUAUAUAUAUUGAGCCUUGACAGGCCUAUGAUGUAAAACAAUUGUAUUGAUGGUGGUUUAACUCUUAUUUUUUUGCUUAAUUUUUACAGUUACAUUCAGCUGUUAGAUAAGCAGGAAAAAUAGUUUGCUGGCUAGUUCUACUCAUUUAUGUUAGCUUUAAUGCACAUUUUUAAAAGAACCACGGUCUUGUUUUAACUACCUGCUAGAUAUAAGUAAUACAGAGGUGCUGGCAUGCUUUACAGUACCUGAUCUGAUACAGUUUUUUUGUCUUGUACUAUUACAUAAAUCCAGUCAUGCACUUUUUCGUACACUACAAGGGGAUGUGUAAUAAUAUCCAUGCUUUUUUUUUUCUUAAACUAUUGCCAUAUUUUCAGUAAGUGUCUUUAAAAAAAUACACUUAGAUAAAAGUGGUCUGGUCAGUAUGAGGGCAUGAAUGCCAAACAAAGAGUAUUAGUGUUUAGUGUUAAUACAAAAGUGCCAACUUUGCACACGUUUUGAAAAAAGAAAAUGUAGUUAUUCACCAUAACCACAGUUGUAGUUUUUGGACUCCAGAAAAAAGUACUGGGGAGGGAAGAGGGGUAAAGUGAAAUACAGAAUUUUUGGUGCUUUUUUCAAGUGCCAAUUAUUACUAGAAACAAUAGUGCAUCCUUAUUCCUUAUAUACUACAUUACAUAAAAGAAAAAAACCCAGAAUCGUGUCAUGUGAAUCAGUGGAAACUUUUUUUUUUUGUCAAACAUGCAUAAUAUUUGGGGAUAUAAAUGCUGAUACUACUUGUCACAGAACAAAGAUGAAUAUAAUUUUGUGUGCUUCUUACUAUGGCCUGGAUUUUUUGUGGUGUUUUAAAAAAAAAAAAAGAACAGGGAAAUAAUGUUAACUAUGUUGUUCUGUAAAGUUGUCUUUUUUGCAAUGGAAAGUGCUGUAGUAUGAUUAAGGCAUGUUUUAUAGAAGCAAUCAAAAGAAAUUAAUGGCAGAAGCACUUAGAAGCUCUGAAAACAUAUGCUGGACUUUUUAUUGAGUAACUUUCCCUUUGGAUAAAAUUAGAGGCCAGAAAAAAAGGUUCUCUAGUUGUGUUAAUGUUUUGUGUUUCACCAAUACGGUUUGUCAGAAAAUAAUGAAAGUCCAAGAAAGAGAGCAAGCAAGAGAGCAAGCAUGAACAGGAGAGGGAGAAGGAGCAAGCAGUUGAGAAAGGCAGAGAGAAAGAGAGGCUGUCCUAUGAAUCUUUUUUGUUUCCGGUGUUUACACAUGUUGCUUGAGCUGGUAAACCACACUGGCAGCCUGAGUUACCACAACAUACUGACUGAGUGAUGGUAUUUACUUAAGUUCAGUCUACAGCCAAAACCAUUAGGGUGUGUGUUGUAGACUCUUUUCUUUACAAAAACAAUAACAAAAGCAAAAACAAACAAACAAACAAUUGAAAACCCAAGGGAUAUUUCAGAAUACAAGAAAAUAUUCCUUCAGUGAGAAUGUGUUCCUCUUCUCUAUUUACUGACCCAGAACAUUAUUCUUCUUAGCCAAGAGUUAGAAAUGCUCCAUUGUUUCAGCUUGUCAUUGUUUUGAUUUCCUGUGCAUUGUGAUUAUUCUUACCUUUAUGUCCACUUGAGUCCUAAACUCCUGUUACGUGUUCUAGAGGAAACUCUUAAUAUGGAUUUCCUCUUUUUUAGUACUCUUCAUGCAUUUCAGUAUUCUUGUUUCCAAAAGUAGGAAUCAAUAGCUAAUAAAUCAAUAUUUCCAGUUGUAGAAAAUAAAAGAAAAAUCUUUCUAAAUGAGUUCUCACUAGGUUCCUAUGGGUUACAAGCCUCUGAUCAUUUUUUGAUUCUGUACUCUGAUGAAGCCCUGAAAACAUUUGUGUAUCCCACAUAAACUGUAAGGAAAAUUUACCUUCUGGUUUAACAAAAAGAAACUUUAUAGCAAAAAGCUAAGCAGUUUCACUGACUUUUUUUCUUUCAUCUUUUUUAUUUUUCCUCAAAGUCUCAACUACUUUGCCUUGUUAAAUUGAGUGGAGAGAUCUGCUUCGCUUUGCUUUAUGUUGUACAAGCUCAGUGUGUUUGUGAGAGAGGGAAAUUACAACAGUAAAGGUGCAUUCUUCUGAAACACAUGGACCUUUAUAGUGUUAUCUGUACUGCACUCCCGUCCCUCCUCCCAGGCUAUUAGGAACAAGCAAGAUGGGAAGUCUAAAAAACAAAACAACAAAAAUUGAAUGAUAUCUACAGUAAGAAAACCCCACUGUUUUGUAGUAUGUAUGGUAUAAAUAAAUACCAUUUUUAAUGAAAAACACAUUUAAGGGAUAUAAAUAAUUCCUCACUGAAUGCAUCACUGUUCUGCAUUCUCAUUUCACUCAGUUUCUGUUAGAGGUCAAAUGGUUUUGGUAAACUUGUUUGGAAACUUAAACAUCAUCAGUAAAUAAAUUCAGCAGAAAAAUUACAUAGAAAAAAAUCUGUUUAUUACACAAAAUGAAACAGGACAUUCUAAAAGUAAAGAAGCGGGCACAAACCUCCAAAAACUUUUAGAAGCUCUGCUAUCCUACUUUUAUGGCAUCCUAAACUUCAUUCAGAUUUUGUUUAAGCCAUGUAGGAGAUACUAUCUCCGUCUUGUGGACAGAAUAUUACUCACUGUUAUUUCUAGGUGAAUCAAGUGGUUUCUUCAGUGCUAGCGAUACUAAUCUCAGAACAGUCUGUUUUAGAAGGGCACAUACACUUAUGUUGAAUUGAAUGGCAUUUCCCUCCUUCCUACUUAACACGCAUCUGUAUGAGAAUCUGUAUUUAUCAGAAUUUUUCCUGUGGUGGAAUUUGUAUCAUCUAAAGUUAUCUGAAAAAUCCUUAAAAAUGCUGUGUGGUAGAAGUUUUGUUUUACUGACAGAAAGUAGCAUCUCUGGGUGAUCUCAGCAGCGACCCAAACUGCAGUAGGCAUAAUGACCAAACACCUCAUGUGUCCAGCACAGGGCAUGGCUGUAAUGGUGUGAUGACAAGAUAAGUGUUGUGCAGUUAUUUAUGCCAUCACAAACCUGUGGCUAUCCCUUCAGUUUCCAAACCUGUCAGUCUAAACCUUUUUACAAGAAUUAGACCAACUUUGAGGAGGAGACUCUUCAUUUUACAUGGAGUUUGUUCCUUCUUGUUUGCUUCUUACAGUUAUUGUGGUCACUCUUUCCACAUUGUUUCACUGUUUACUUUAUUCAAGGUAGUUGUAUUUUUCUGUAAAUAUCAAAAAGGCUUUGUCUACUUUUAGGAAAUAACUCUUUGUACUGAACCUCCUUUAGAAACAGAACUACAUGUCUGGAGGUUGUUAAGCAUUUUUCUUUGUUUUGGAGGGGAGGGGUCAGGAAAGCAUGUGAUACUGGUUAAUAACUAGAUAUCUUUUGAAAACCUGUAUGAAACAAUUUGGAAGGAAAACAGGAUAGUCAAAGCACAAGAAUGGAAACCAGAAGUUUUAAUACCACUGGUGGCCCCUUCUCACUGGUUAGUCUUGGACAGAUCAUAUCACUUACUUACCCAUUUGUGUUUCAAUCUGUUAAAAUAUGGCUAACACUAAUAUGAUCUUCCCCAUAAGGGUGCUCCUGUGAGGACUAAUUAGCUGGUGUUAGUAAAGAGCUAAUUUAAGUCAUAAAUAUUUUUGCAACCUUACAAUAUUGAGUCAAUUUUUCUGAGCUAUAUCUCAAGCAGGGACAUUUUUUUAUGGCUGAGAUUUUAACUUUGCCUCUCAAACUGCAGCUGGCACCAUGGUGACACUGGAGUUGUGCAUACAAAGUAUAAGCACUCUGUCACUGAGUCACAACUCAAUUUGACAAAACAUGGAAGGUAUAGAUUAAGAAGCCUAUUAGCACAUACACACUGCUCUUAAAGGUCUCUCAAAGGCUUUUCAUGACUGAGCUCACAAAAUUUGUAUGUUUUCUAGGGAUCUGUAGAUAUUUUGCACAGCAGAAAUUGUGCACCAUAUUUGUCAUGAGUAAACUUCAGAGCAUUCCCUUCCUUCCUUCCUUCCUCCCUCCCUCCCUCCCUCCCUCCCUUCCUUCCUUCCUUCCUUCCUUCCUUCCUUCUUUCCUCCUUCCCUCCCUCCCUCCCUCCUUCCCUCACUUCAUUCCAUUGUGGAAAUGAAAAGGUACUUUCUCUGCCUGUUCCAGAAUUUUUUCUUUUUUUUUUUUUUUCUUUCACCUAUGCAUUUCCCAUUCCAUCCCCAAAAAGGAACUGUUCAGGAAAAAGAGUAGAGUCAGGUUCUAAACAGUAAAGUAGCUGCCAGGGGAGGUCAGCACCUCCAUUGAUGUGGUCCAGUACAGCUAAUAGGAAGUGGGGCUGCAGGGAUCCACUUGAGUUUUCCCUGAGUUUUAGUCUUCUCAAUUAACACAGUUAAGGAUCUAGCAUAGCUAAUUAUAUGAGGUUGGAAUGUGCCUAAGCAACAAGACAAAGAGCUGUGUGGGUAUCUGGAAAGCUCAGAAACAUAAUGAUUCAAGGUCUGAUCUGUUCCAAAGUUAGGAACCAUUUACAAGACGAGAGAUUUAGUUCCAGAAAUUUCUCCUUCAAUGGGUAUGAUGUUUUAAAGUCAAAGAAGUGCUUCGUUUGGACCCAUUUUUCACAAGGUUGUGAGCAAUGUCAGCUGCCAUCAGAAAACAGAACAUCUUUUCAGAAAUGUAUUUGUACUCAAAUUCUGCAGGACAUUUUCACAGCAUCAUUGGUGGUAGGGGAAGGAAUAAGGGAGGGAAAGUGUUUGAUCCAGGAGUGCACACAUGCUCCUCUAAAUCUUUUUGUGCCAGUUAUGUGAAGAGAAGUAUUACUCCUUCUUCUGUCCCCAGAAUGUUUUUGUCCUUUUUCUCUUUGGGUUGAGUUAACAGAAUUACUCUCUUUUAUUUCAAAAGAGAAGCAAAGGUGUCUGUACUAAGGGCAAGGAGGCAGCAGGAGUUCUCUGUGGGGAAAAGGUGAGUGGCAGACAGAUGAUGGCAGCUGGUAUAUGUCAGUUCCUUCUUAGUUGUUUUUUUUUUUUUUAUGUCACUACUUUGCUGCUAUAGUAACUCAACAAAACAGUGACUGUAGUGCUACUUUGCUAGAUAUGCAUCAGUAUAUCCUGCUGUUGCCACAUGAUGAGUUGGGCUUUUUUCCUCCUCCUGUAGGGACAUAAAAGGAACUCUUCUCCAUACCCAUUUUUACUUUAUGAACAGAGCAACAUCAUAUGAGGGACUGAACCUUUCACCCACAUGUUUGCCCAAGUACAUGUCUGUUCCAAUCCCAUGGUUUCUGUCUCUUCUUGCCAAGCAGCAUUAUCACUGCCUUUAAAAUGGCCUGUAACAGAGUGACGCAGCAACUUUUUUACAUAAGUAAUAUUAUCUUGAGUCUGUAAUUAACCUGUCUUAUGUGGCUUGUUUUCUCUGGUCAAGUCAUGAUAUUGAAUGACAGCUUUGAUUUUUUGAUCAAGAUAUUGAUCAUGUAUAUCCUGAUGCUGUUGCUGUUAUGUUUGGCACUGGCACUGAAAGGAAAACAGUUCUGGACCACCAAAGGGUUAAAAAACGGACAUGUUUUUGACAAGUCCUCUGACUUUUGCCAGUAUUAUUGUUCAUUAUGAUGACACUGUAUUUUUUUUAAUAGCAGCUGUAGUUGUCAUAAAACUAUUUUCCCAUUCCUCUCCUUUAAAGUGUGAUGUUGUAAAUUCAUGUGACCUUUCCUGCAAAGAAUAAAUAUUUCUUUUUUUAUAUAAGAUCUCAAGACAAGGCUUGGUUUGUAACAAAUAGUGGCCCAUUACAAAGCAGGAAAAAAAACCUGAGCUGAGCAGAAAGAAGCUUCAGUUCAAUUUCACCUCAUAUCUUUCUAAUAACUUACUUGUCACUUUAUUACCUUCCAGUAAUGUGAAUGCUGCUGACAAGACUGUCACACUAACAGCAGACAACACCCUCUCUUCCUUAGCCCCAGCUCUCCUGGCUACUUAUUGCACUGGCCCUGAAGGGACACAAACUAAUAGUGUGCUUUCAAGUUCAGCACUUGGCCAUCAAAUAUAAAAGGAUGCGUAAUUGCCUGUUUAUCCCCUGUGAAGGGGAAAUUGAGUAUAAGAACCAGGCUUUCCCUCCCCGUUCCUUGACACACACACACACACAUGCACACACACAUCUGCAGUGAGUGAAGGGAAGUCCCAUCUGGAGCGCUUCGAUUUGUCUUUGGGAAGCCCAAGGCUGCCACUGGCUGCUCUAUCGAGCUAUCAGGCAGACAGUAACAAGAUGGCUUCUUAACAAAAGGUCAGCUGAGAAAUACUGUCUGUGAUGGCACUUUUGUCUGCUUAAGUAGCAACUAAUUGCUUUGUAUUGGCAUAAGCCAUACUGUGCCUGCUAGAAAUAGUCAUGUGAAUUUGCUACAGGUCUUGCUGCGUAGGUUCAGUGGCAAACAGAAUACGCGGAGUUUUCUUUUUCUGGUUUAGCCCAUCCCUUGGCAAAUUUCAGAGCAGUGCCAUCCUCUCAGGUUUCUAUGGUAAAUGCCAAUUCAGAUAUCGUUUCUGCCAUGAUAGGAACAUCUCCUGCUGAGGUCAAUGUGAACCUCUGUAAAGUGUUAGGGAAACGUAUCUGAGACACAGUCUGCUGCCCUCAUACAAGGAGGAAUUAUUUCUGAUUUAUCCCUUCAUUUACAAUAACACUGCCAAAAUACAGGCUCCACAAGCGCUUCUCAGAUGAGGCCAUCAAGAGAGAGUUUGAUGGUGAAGUAGCUUGGGAGCACAUACUAUGUUUUAAGGUGUUCUAAGUGCAUGAAGGCCAGCAUACCUGGCUUCAGCCACUCCCCUUCCUUUUUACUGUAUGCUGACUGGCUGCUGAAUAGCGGUUGAAAAUUCAAGUAGGCACAGGGGCAGCUGAAGCGUGCGUUCCUUGCAGGGUCAGCAGCGUUCCUCUGCCAAGAUCGUAACACCAGAUCCCGUGUGUGCUGUGAGUGCUGGACACUGUGGGUUGAAUGGUGCUGGUGGCCGGUGCAGCACCGAAAAAGACAAAGACAGGUUUCAGGCAAAGCCCAAGACUGGGAGACCUAAACACAACCAUUCUGGGGUUCAUUGUUUUUCGUAUCCUUGGAUCGAUUCAUGGCAUUAGUGGGCUGCAGCUCCUCUUUGCUGGUUCCGGAUGCUAAUACUGUCUCCAGCACUAUGUGGUAAUUUGAUAUUUGCUGCAACAGAGGUGAUGCUACCCACUAUAAAUAUGCUGAGGCCUUUUACCAGUCAAAGGUCACUGAUCUUUUCCCUCCUUUUCCUUCCGAGUGCAUCAGAAGCUAUAAGGGUGAAACCAGUAGACAACUUCCUGAGGCCUGUUUGUGUCAGAAGUGUAAAGGCUGAGCCCUGAUUCUCCUCCCCUGUCAACUCCAUGUGCACAGGGCACUGACAGAGGUGGGAGCAGCCGGAUUAGCUGACCUGCGCUGAUGAGCUUGGGCAGGCCUAACAGCCUUUCUUUCUGUAUCAUUUCUGAGGCUGUUUGUGGAGACUGAGGACUUUCUGAUCAAAGAAAGCAUUUGGGUCCUGUGUGUGUGUGUGUGUGUGCACACGUGUGUGUGUGUGUCAGACAGACAGAGAAGGAGAAACAGACACAGCAUUUAGAACAAAGAGCCUUAAAAUUAAGAUUACAAAUGGGCAAAAUUACAUAAUUUUCAUCACACUUACCUAUAGGUAUAUUUCCUCUUAUGUGCUUAAGAGCAUGAGAAGCAUGAGUGAGCAAAUGUCUAAUGUGUAGAGAGGUUUAUUCGGAUGUUCUACACAUUUCAUAUGCUGCUCCCUUCAAAAUUUUGGAGAAAAUAUUUUAGGAAUAUCGAGAAAAGCAUCCAGGGCAAUUACAUUUCUAGAUAAGAGAGAGCAAGACUAGCUAAGUGAUGCAUAAAGAUUUUAUAAGGCAUCCGUUGUCAAACAAAAGGUUGAGAAUGAUCAGAGGAUAAUGCACAGUUAAGAUGGCAAACUCAUCAAUAGUUAAUCACAACCUGUCCACUUCUUUCACGAAAUGCAAGAGGCUGUGGACAGCGGCUCUGGGGGACCAAUGGCACUCGUGCACAUGCGUGUCUGUGCCUGAGUGGGGAAGCAUUAUGCAAUCACCACAUCCAGCUCAAGACUUCGACAGGCAUUCCACCUCCCCCCCCCCCCCCCCGCUUCCUGUGCUGAUGGGGCAGAAUGUGUCCCCUCCAUCACUGCUGUGAAACACUACGGUAGCCGCACGAAUUGUGAUUCUAGGGAUGUUCUUAUUGGUCUACCCGAUGACCUACGGAGUAAACAGAGUCACUUAAGCUGUACAAACUAAGGCUGAUUUCUUCAUUAUUUUUCAACCAUACUGUUACAUUUGGAUUUUUUUUUUUUUUUUUUUUAACAAACCCUUGUACAAUCUUCAGUCAUGGUCUUAAUCUUCCCAUUUUCUUCAGCUGUCCCCACCCCUUCUCCUUUCAUUCCAAGAGAGUCUUUAAUUAAAAUUAUCUCAGAAAAGUAAUACAGCCUCCUGAUGUUCUCCAUUUUGGAAAGUUUUAUGCAUUCCAUCUGUGAAAAUGGUCACCGUUUGUAAAGUGACAAGAUGAAUAAAAUGGCCACUGUUGUGUGUGUGUGUCUCAUUUAGCUAUUUAUAAAUAUGAAAUUCAGCAUGCUGCUUUUUCUUGUGCAAACUUUGGUUCCUAUGUCAUAUGGGGCUCCUUUCCCAUAAUGUGGCUGUUUCUUAAUGGGCAGCAUUUGUGUUCUCAGUUCAUGCCUCCUGCCUCUCCUCCAGUCUAUAAAAAAAAGGUGAUCCAUGUUCCAGUGCAAUGUAUGUGCGACAGGUGUGCAAAUAAGCUGAUCUGAACACAUUCAAAAUUUGCCCUGGCCGAAGCUCCACACACUUUUACUUACCGCAAAGCAGGUCACUGCAACCUGUUUGUACCUACGAAUAUGUCAUUGCAGGGGGCUUACCCCUGCGGCGAAAGGGGUUUGGAGUUUCUUUGUUUCACUGAAGGCUCUUGCUCACUGGCACAGUUGUUGUUUUAACAGCUUUGACUGAGAAGGUCACUUGGGCCGAGCAACAUGGCGAUUUCCUGUGUAGCCGUCUGCUGUGUUUCAGUUCUCCUGAACUGGAAAUACGGGAACCUGACUGGGGGUUCAUGCAGAGAUGUAAGCUGAGAUAAACUGGACUUGAACCUUCAUGUAUUUGGGGGUGUGUAGGGGCCUGGCAGCGGGUUCAGUCACAGAAGCAAAAAGCCUGGAAACCCCUUUCUCGGUGGGCAUGGGAGGGCUCUCACAGCCUGCGACGCACCGGCCGCAGCGAGGGGGCUGCUGUGUGGAGAAUGGCGAGCUCGCUGCUGGCUCACAAAGCUAGGCUUGUUCCUAGCUAUUGGACUUUGUCGAGACAUGUUGCUGGGGUACCCCCCAGGCACGGGAAAAUGUGGAGUCGGGGCCUGAUGGACAUUUUUACAAAGGUUCUUCUCCGUUCGGAAUAGAUGAGGCUUUUUCUUUUCACUGUUUGUUCUCAAUGUGAGCAAAACGUGAAUGCUCUGCUGUCCUGCCUGCAGAACCAAAGCAUGCACUACGGAAUAUAGCUGUACAAGGGGAUAUGAAAAACUGCAUCAUGUUGAUCUAAUAAUCGUGACAUUGGUAGCUUCAUAAAUACUGUAUGUACUCUAAACAAGUUUUUUCCAUUCGUAGUCUGAGGGAAUUAAAAGUCCUGUUUUUAAUUUGACAUUUCUUUUCUUGUAUUUUCUGUACUGUAACUGUCCUACAGUAUGUCUUUUGCAUAAAAUGCAUAAGGUUUUGGGGAUAUAAAUGGAGUUUUACUCAUACUUUGUCCAAAUACCUCUUGUAAUUUGUAUCAAAAUUCUUGUACAAUUUUUAUAUUAAAGAUUUAUCAGUCACUGA